AUGCGACCUAUGAUGAUUACAGUAUUGCAAGGAGGAAGUGCCAGAAGGCGGAGGAAACAUCUGACCUCAACUCAUCAGAUAAUAGACCUCGCAGACGCCGUCCUCCUACAAAGUUUGCCACCACUAGCAGCAGCAGCAGAGUUAGAGAGUGCCAUGGGGCAUAAAACUAUCCAAAGCAAUCUUCCAAAAAUGCCGGAAUUUGCAUUAAGUAAAGCAUCAAGUAAUUCAGAUUCUUUGCAGGAAGAGGUUUGUGCGAAAGAAACCAUGGUAGAUGUAGAAUCAGUUGACAGCAGUGGAAAAAAUGGAGCAGCAUGUAAAUGUGAAAAACAACAACAAAAAAAUGAGGGUAUGAAAAAUUUUUAA